AACACUAAGCCCUUUAGUAUUAAGAUUAAACAAUUAAUUGGCACUACGAUAAAUUAAAUUAGGUUGCUUUGGUUACUGCGAUUGCAAACUAUUUGUUGCUGCUGACAAAUAUGCUGAACAACAUUAUGAAUUUUGCCAAUUACUGGUGGUUUCGCUACCUAAUGGUGACCGAGCUGUAUGUGGUUGAAAAAUGGGAGCGUGUAACGAUACACGUCAUCUUUAUGGUCUUGUUUUGUGUGUUCUGGUAUUUUAACUAUUCGGUGCUGCUUUCCCUGACCAGCAAUCUGAUUGGAUAUACUCCACUUGCAAGCAUUUUGGACAUCGAAAAUGAAGGAGCAGCAAGGGUCAAGGUCAUGUAGCUCCCAUUCCCCAUUUUCCUCGCAACUAUUAUUAACUAGUUCUCUGUUUUGUAAUAUGAUUAGUUAUUACUUUAGCACGAUAUAGUCAACGAAUUUGAAAUACAUUCAAAUUAAAUGAAA